GGAAUUGACUUUUAAAAUCUAAAAUUACCAUACUAUGAAACUAACAAUGUUGAAGGAAGGACGUUUGUGUCAUUCACAAUGAGCCAAACUUUCAACCAAACUGAUUGGUUAUAAUAUAAUAUGGUGAAGCGCCGUGCUUUAAACGUUGGAGGCCAGGAUAGACGGCAGAGCUUUGACAGUGGCUAUGGAGGAAGUUGAAAAGAAGAAGGUGGGCAAGGUGGGUUUUAUGAUCACGACUUCGAGGUGGCCAAGGCUCAUGCGGAGGAAGCUGUAGAUCGAAGAAGAAGGACUUGCUUCGUUAUGUCCAGGGUCAUAUAUGUGAACAUACACCAAGUCUUGCUCAUCGAUUCUGUCUGAUAUCAGAAUAUUUGGUCUUUCUCGAGCUUUUGAGGGCGUUCUUCGGGAUCAGCAACGGCUGCACAGUUUCAGCCAAACAGCCAGCCAGCAUCAUCAGUGGAGCUCCUUGGACUUAUUUCAACUACAAUUUGCUCCAGUUGUCGUGAGGUAACGUCAGGUUUGGCGAGUUCUCUGGUUGAGGUAGUCGAAUGGCUCCUCUCAUCAGAUCUUGUAGCAGCUGCGGUCAAUUCUUCGAUUUCUGCAGUUCUUUCACGAGUCUGGUAAGGGUGAUCAGCUCGAGAACGUGUCAAAUUAUGUGCCUGUUAGAUGUCCCCCUCACCCUUCGUUAACAUUGAGGAUCCGCCUUUUUCCCGCAGAGGUGCAUUGAUUUGGAAAUGCUCUCAUCACUUCUUUGGAGCUUGACCGCAGUUUCAAAUAUGCCAUCUGAGCGCUCGAGGGUCACACUGCGUGCAGCUUUUUGUCUUGAAGUCCAGAAAUGACAGAAAAUCCUCGCAAACAUCAAGGUUUUGGAACUUUGUGGAUACGUCCAGAAAUGGAGUUGGGAUUUGCCCCACACAUUGUCCCGUCUAUUUUUCAUGUUUUUUGGGGCUUUCUUUAGAAGAGGCGAUUUAAGGACACCAGAAAAUCUGCUCGAUUCCACGCAUUCAAAUACACUGACAGUCAACUAAACUGUUGGGGGUGGAACUUGACUCUGCAAUUGCAGUCUAUGCCUUGCCCAUUCACUAACAACGUCGCUCUCCCAUUCAUUGCAAUUGAAGUUAGCAUACUUUUAUGGAUUCUUGAGCGUGACUUGCGCCUUCAACCCUCUCGUGAUAAUUGAGUCCAAGAUAUGAGUCUGGGAAUGCACAGGACGUCCACGGUGUCAAAAUCUGGUGACCUACGCAAUCUACCUCUGUGGCCAACAGCUGGGCCUGUGCUGUUGUUUAAAUACCUUGCCAGGAAAUUCGUCCAUAAAAUUUUCUGGAAAUGUUAGUCGUGGCUUGCGCUGCUGCUGGCACGUCUUCUUUUCAAACUAUUUCGACGAUUUGCAGCCCUCACCACAUGUGAACUUCUUUGGCCAAUGAUGGCAUACUUUCUGCAGGAAUACUUCAUCGUGUUUGUGCUGGUCCUCGGAAGCAUCAUUUGAAGAGCCGGAGCUCGCACUGACCCGUCUUUGUCAGUUGUCCAACGUGCUGUCACAAUGGAUAACUGAAUGUAGUUAUAGAAGUUCGUAUAUUUUCGCACGUGAUCAGAUACCGGGCUAACAGAAAACAGUAACUUGUGACAUUCGCUGGAGCCGAAGAGACGAUGAUCGCGAUACACCAAGUUUGCGUAACCCAUGUCUGUAAGAAGGCGACCACACCUUGUGCCAUAAUUCACUGAAGUUAGCAGCGUAAGAUUUUUCCAUAUCUUUCUUUUUGAACAAUUCGCCUUACUUGCGGUUGCAUUUUUUUAUUGCUCGCAUUUUCAACAUAUUGGUUUCCUAUUAUGGGCUCCAAACUUUCUCUGAGAUAGCAAGUUCAUCCCAAACCUGUGCGAUCUGUUGAGCCUGGUUGUGAGUCGUAGUUCUCACGAUCAGUAAGUGGGUUAAUUGCCAGUGCAGAAUGUGUGUAACGUCACUGCUGUUUGUGGUCUCCUCUUGAUCCUUUCACCUUCCACGCUGCUUUGCAAAACCCUCAUCGUAUGAUCUUCCUAGCGUUAACAAGUAUCUUGGAAGGGGAUUUUCGUGCUGAGGUGGAGUACCGAUUUGGCCGUGACCAUCUGAGUCUCAUCCCUUCCAAGCCUCACAUUUCCCGCAGUUACCUUUCAAAAUUGAUUAGAUCUUUAAGUCUGAAUGAAUGAGGAGCUUCUCUCGUUGAUGGCUUUUCAUUACUGCUAGUUUAGAUUCGUGCACGAUUCGUUCAGCAUAAGUUUUCUUUUGAAGAGCUUCUGUUGUGGUGACGCAUAGUCAUCUAUGAUAUACACACGCAAAUCGCAUGAAAAGGAAGACAAUCUGCCUUCUUUGUUGGCAGAUCUUUCAGAUUAUGCGCUUCUGUAUGAAUUAGUUUGUAAACUUUGCUGUCUAGGUUAUUGUACAGAGCAUAAUAACAAUCAAACCCAGGAUCUUCAAAAGCUCCGUAGCUUGACGGAGCUUGAAACGUGGGAUACGAUAUUGGUUCAGUGCUUGUCAUGUUUGCAGUUGUGCUCCAUGAGCGACACAAACAGAUAUUAAGUUGCUCCAGGUGAUACGCGAUUAUACUGGGAGAGAUUCAUAAAUGGAGAAGAAUUUUAUGACAUUAUGGAUCCUCUUCUGCAGCAUUUUAUUAAUCACAAAUCCAGCUGGCGUUGCAGCAGUCAUAAGAAGACAAUUCUUCUCUGGAAAUUAUUCUCUGAUGGACGUGAUGCAGACCCAAAAGCUGGUGAAUCACGCUGGCGAGCAGUACUGCACAGAACCUUGCACCACAAUGGUGCUCGAAGCAUCUGAUCAGUGUGAGAGCUGUCUGCUCGCUCAUCCCCACAUCCCUAGCUACAUGGAGAUGAUACGGUGGCAGCUUAUCUCAGACAUCCUCAUUGCGCUUGCAUACUUCUCUAUCCCAGUGGAGCUCUUGUUCUUCAUCUACAAAGCACAGGUAUUCCCCUACAAGUGGGUCGUGGCAGAAUUCGGUGCAUUCAUUGUUCUCUGUGGCCUGACGCAUCUCACAAAUGUCUGGACAUUUCUUACAAUGGCGGCUAGUGCCACCAGAACGAUGACGUUCUUCAAAGUCUCCACUGCCUUUGUGUCCUGUGCUACCGCUUUCACCCUGAGCUGGGUCAUUCCCGAAGUUCUAGGGGUCAAAAAACGCGAGUUGUAUCUUGUGGGCAAGACUGCAGAGUUAGAUAAGGAGGUAGGAGCAAUGAAGAAGAAGGAAGAGGCGGGGACACAUGUGCGCAUGCUAACUCAUGAGAUCCGGAGCACACUCAACCGACACACUAUUUUGAAGACAACUCUAGUGGAACUUUCGCAAACUCUCAAGCUCAAAAGCUGCAACAUCUGGAUGCCUACCGAGGACAGCGAUCAAUUCGAGCUCACACAUGAGCUGGAUGAGGACAAGAAUAGGUCUGUCAGUAGUUCACCUACCAUUUCUAAAAUGGAUCCAGGCAUCCAACAUGUUCUUUGCAAUCAGGGCGCGGUGCUUGUUCCCUACAAUUCCAUUUUAUUGAUGAGGCACGGGGCUUGUACGAAAUUGGCAGAUGGAACGGUAUUAGAAGAUCGUGUUGUAGCUGUGAGGCUGCCCUGUAUGAGUACCUCUCAUUUCAAAGACUUCCGCGAAGCCAACGUGACCAAUGGUCAUCUUCCUGAAGCAUCGUCUUAUGCGUUUCUGGUGCUUGUAUUGGCUCCUGAUCCACAGAGAAAGUGGCAGGGCCAUGAAUUUGAAAUGGUCACAGCUGUUGCUGACCAGGUUGCAGUUGCACUUUCGCAUGCAACAGUAUUAGAGGAAUCCAUGCGAGCACGAGAUCAAUUGAUUGCUCAGAAUCUAGCUCUGGAAAUCGCGAAGAAGGAAGCAGAGGAAGCAGUGGCUGCACGCAACGAUUUCCUAGCUGUGAUGAAUCAUGAGAUGCGGACGCCCAUGCAUGCCCUCAUAGCCCUCAAUUCAAUUUUGUCGCAGUCAAACUUGACGGAAGAUCAACACUCCAUGGUAGAGACCAUGGCCAAGAGUAGCAGUCUUCUUUCGUCGUUAAUAAAUGACAUUCUAGAUUUCUCGAGACUCGAAAGCGGUGGCCUAGCUUUAGAUUUAACUCUUUUCAACCUCACUGCUUUAAUGGGCGAGGUGGAGAAUAUUGUCCGUCCCCUGGCUUCUCAGAAAAACAUUUCUUUCACAAUGUCCUGGACGCCGGACUUCCCUGGUGAUGUCUUUGGAGAUAGUAACCGGUUACUUCAAGUUAUGCUGAACGUGAUUGGAAAUGCCAUCAAGUUCACUUUGGAAGGAACAGUUCGAGUUGCGCUGAGAGUCGGAGACAUAAGCGACUUUCGCCCAGUUAUGGCGACUGGAGCGGAGUUGCCAGUAACACCGAGAAGGUUCUUGGAGUACCGCCACAUUCACGUUGACAUUGUUGAUACCGGGAUCGGCAUCAAGGCAAUAGACGUGCCGCGCUUGUUCCACAAAUUUGUACAGGCUGAUAGCACAACUACUCGCAACUUCGGGGGGACUGGCUUAGGUCUUGCCAUUUCGAAGAAGUUUGUGGAGCUUAUGGGAGGGAAAAUUUGGCUGGAAAGCAAGGGACUGGGAGAGGGAACAACAUGCAAGUUAUAUAUCACAGUCGGCAUUUAUCACGACCGUCAGCAGCCGACCUUGAAAGAAGGGCCGAAAAAGCCAACCUCACCCGCCGAGCUAACAGGUUUGGAGGUCAUAGUUGUAGACGAUAACUCGAUAAACAGAAUUGUCACGAGGCGUCUACUUGACAACAUCGGGUGCACAUCCACAGUCCUGGAUUCUGGCCAAGCGUGCUUGGACGUCAUUGAUGAGAGAGGACCAUCUCAAUUCCAAAUUCUUCUCUUAGAUCUGUGUAUGCCUGAGAUGGACGGUUUCACAGUUGCUAGAGAAUUAAUCAAGAGGUAUGACAAACCUGCAAGGCCCAUAAUAUGUGCACUCACAGCCAACUCCGACACCAAGACCCGGGAGCAUUGCUUUGAGGUUGGCAUGGACUACGUCCUCAUGAAGCCCAUCAGCUUGUCCCUCCUCAAAACAGAAUUGCUCAAGUUGAUAGAGCUUCGAGAAGAAUGCAAAGAACCUCCUCCUCAGUUAUCAGCCCCACCUGCAAGGUGAGGAGCAAAGUAUGAGAAUGCUGAAGAGUGAUUCAAUAACUGCAUCUGCACCCACUACUCAGCCAUGAAAGUGCACUUGGAAAUGCUCUAAGAAAAAUCUGUUUUGGAGGUACUCAACAAACAAAAUGGUCAUAAAUGGGACUUGUGUUCUAACAGUGAGCUUAACGUACAACAUCUCCGAUUCUGCAUAAACUCCGAACCUAAGCAGCAGCUGCACACCCAUGUAGUGGACACAGAAUCAUUGACAUAGUUCAACAAUCAUGGGAAAUCCCACAUAUGUUCAACACUUUUGGUUUCCAAAGGUAUUUUGAACGUGGGGGGAAUAUUGUACAAUUUUUGUUGAGUCCUAAUUUGUUGCCUCACUAAAACACAAUUUGCAUGUGUAAUUAAUAUGUUCAUUAAGAAAA